AUGGACAACAAGGAUCGCUUCCACCCCCUCUCGACCUCGCGCGAACCCAACCCGCUCCGACCCUACUACGUCCCGCCAUCCAUCGGUCCAACACCCUCAGCAUCGCCUUCGCAACCCCUACAUUCUGCAAGGAAUGCGCCGGCGCCCUCCUCUUCUUUCUCGACUUCAGCUCGCGACCUUCUACCGGAGCUGGACAUUGACCUAAAGUCGACCACGAGCGAAGCAUGGCAGUCCACUCGAAGCUUGUUUGAUACGCUGGUGUGGAGGUACUCCUCUGUAUUGCUAGCGCAGCCAUUCGACGUUGCAAAGACGGUGCUGCAGGUCUCAGUGCCACCGUCAGAUCCGGCGGCAACAGCUCCCAGGAAGCGAAGGAGGUCCCAGCGCCGGGCACACUCAGGCGGCAAUGGAGGAAGGUCAAGGGGCCGGUAUGAUGAAACGGACGAAGAAGACUCGGACACAGCGGAUCAAAGCGACCAAAGCGAUGAGAUACCAGACUACUUCACGUCCUCCGCCCCUCGCAGCAGAUCUCCCCGCAAGCGAAGACGUACACCACCCAGCACCGAGCUCUCGCCAUCACGAACACCGACUCCGAAGGACCGACGUGGGCACGAUCCGGGCGAGGAGUAUAAGCUCAAGCUUAAGAAGCCUGAUAGCGUUACUCAUGCUAUCUCGGCCAUCUACAACACUUCCGGUGCCGUGGGGCUGUGGCGAGCCACGAACUGUACGUUCCUCUACUCUAUCGCGCUGCGCACUACAGACAGCUUCAUCCGGAGUCUCCUGCUCGCCAUAGUCGGACUUCCGGACAUCAUCGGUCCAGAUGCAGGCGGCUUGGGACCAGGCCUCAGUGUUACUGGCUCCGCGGGCUUCUCUGGUCUAGACCUCAGCGAGAGCCCGAAUCCCAUCGGCUCUUUGAUCAUCGUCGGCCUCGCAAGCUGCAUAACGGGCCUCCUUCUGGCACCACUUGAUCUCGUACGAACAAGACUCAUUGUAUCGCCAACCUCUCAUCCGCCCCGAGGCUUAGUACAGAACCUUCGCCACCUCCCAAGCCUACUUGCUCCAUCAACCCUCUGGCUCCCAACCGCGCUAUAUCAUAGCAUUCCACAGACUUUCUCUGCCGCUUCGCCCCUCUUCCUCCGAAGGCAAUUGAAGAUCACGCCCGAGCUUACGCCUUCGCUUUGGUCACUCGCCUCCUUCACGACUUGCGUCACGGACCUCUUCGUCCGUCUGCCGCUUGAAACAGUCCUACGUCGAGCCCAAGUAUCCUCUUUACGCCACGCGGAGCCAGAUCUGCCCACCGUGGUAGAACCCGCGCCUUACAUGGGAGUAUGGGGAACGGUGUACUCCAUCCUCUAUACCGAAGGCGAUACCUCGUCAAAGGAUGCAAAAGGCAUGCUGAGAGUACGGCGAGGACAGGGCAUGCCGGGCUUAGUAAGGGGAUGGAAAGUCGGCUUCUGGGGCCUGGUGGGUGUUUGGGGUGGUGGCGCACUAGGGCCUGGAGAGAGUAAGGCACGGGGAGAGUUUUGA